AUGACUGAUUCUCGUGAUGGAACUUCCAGAGAUGAUACCUCCGCAGAUGCGACUUCCAUAGAUGAUACCUAUGUAUAUGAGACUUCCAGAGAAGAAGAAGCACCUGGAGUAAAGAAUAUUCUGAACACUGAUGAUGACUUCUUCGUGGUUCAGUAUAGACCUGAAAAACGUCUCCCAGGUUUUUCGUUUCGCCUUCUUGUAAAUCCCAGGGAUAUUACUCAGAAAAAACAUGAUAAUCACAUUUUAAUCAUUUCAUCAACUUUACCACAUGAUGGUCGUGUUGUAAGACCUAGGAUCAAUGUAGACUUCACGGAAGUGGAAGAAAGUCCCCGGGGCGGAGAAGCCAGAAGUAAGGAUUACAGGAUGUUACCGAAUAAUGUAAAGUCCCCGGCUGUCUCUUUGGGUGAGAAAGAGAAUUCUCAAGAGUUGGAACCGAAUGAAGGUGAUAAUGUUCCUAAUGGUGAUGCCGACAAUAUUGACCCCUCGAACGAUUUGGAGACCACUCAAAAAAUGUCAACUUCCAGCAGCAGCAACUAUUCCUCCAGCUCUUCUGACGAGGAUUCCAGAGCUUCUGCCGCCAAAUCGAAAGCUAAGACAACUCAUGACAAGGGGGAAAAGCCUAGCGUACCAAUUAAUGAUUGGAGGGUCACUUAUGCUGAGCUUAUGAAGAGAAAAUCCGAGGAUGAUGAGGCAGAAGAUCAGGAAACUACGCGGGUGUUACCAGAGUGCAAGAUCGAUCCUGACCGGCAUACCAGAGAGUUCCAAAAGACUAUGAAACAAAUUGAAACUGAAGCAGAAGCAGAAGAAGACUCGGACUCGGACGAUCCUUAUGCACAUCCAGACUUCAUCAAUGGUCCUGAUGGUGAUUCCAACGAAGAGGAGGAUUCUGAGAAGGACAGUGAUGACGAAUCUGAUAACUCGGAUGAAUCUGACGAGUAG